UGAUAUGCAGACUAAUUAAUCGCGAUCUUUGGCGGGUAACAUAAUAGGCAUAUGUAAAUACACUGCACGACUAAGUACACUGCCCUCUUAUAGUGGUGUACAUUUAACGGCGCAGCGAUGUUAUAUUUUGCCGACAAUUUAUGUCGCAUGUGCGAAGGAGUGGUGCAGAAUGGCAGUGCUGUCUGGAAAUUCUGCUUUACAGUAGGCCGGAUUCAGGGCCGAUGUUGCUUUAAAGGAAAUCUCGUGGAGGAUGAGGACAGCAUUUUGGGGUUGGAUUUAUCAAAUUGUUCUCUCAGUCACGUAGAAGAUCUCCAUGAAGCAUUAGCAGCAAAAAUAAUUUGUGUUUUUGGCAGAGAUCUCUCCAACAACCCUAUAUUCAAUUUGAGUAAUUCUACAUUCCAAGGUUUUAAACAUCUGACCCAUCUUGUGUUGCCCAUAAAGCUGGAGUGUCCAGGGGGCAACAUAUCAUGGGACACAGUUGAGGUUAAACAUGACACCCGACUCUGUGAAGGACAGAGGAGCGCGUGCAAUCAAACAGGCCAGAUGCCUUGGAAUUGCCCUGAGAACUCUCUCUGCAUGCCUUAUGGCCCAGGAUUUUUUGAGUGUAGCUGUGUCCACAACUUCCAUGGAUAUAAAUGCCUAAGACAGGGCCGUUUUCCUAUGCUGGAGGUCAUGGCUAUACUGGGUGGGUCUACAGUCAUCAUUUCAACUUUACUGUGGGUCACCCAAAGGCAAAAAGUCAAAAGCACUUGAGUUUUGGCUUCAUCUGACUGUCAGUCAACAGCUUUAGGCAACACUGAACAAAUUACACUGUGUACACUGUGUAAAAAUGACACAAGACCUGGAAAGAGUUGCAUUGUUUACCAUUUUAGUUGUGCUUUUUUUUUUUGUCUUCUCCGACUGCUACAAAGGGUGCUUGAUGUUUGCUGUUUUUAACAAACAAAUUAGAUUUUGCACUGAACAGACAUCUGAAUCUUUAAGAUACUGAUGAAUAUUUCAGAUGUAUUUUGUUUAUAAAUACCUGUCAAGUUCGAACACGUUAACUGGCUGCAUGCUUAUGAAACUACACUAAUUAAUGAGAAGCAGCGCUACAAAAAUUGUAAUUUUGUAUUUAACCAGGACAUUUGUCAAAAAUUGUAGCAUUGCAAUAUUGGGCAAGGGUUUUAAUACCUACAUAUAGAUCAUUUUUGCAGAUAAAUGGUCACUUUAUUUAUUUAUUUUUACCAAGUAUAUCAACAAUUCAUAUGAUUACAUGUAUACUGUACUUAGUAUACAAACUUGUAUAACAGGUUUUUAUAGGUACUUGUUUUUAUUGCCAAACAUGUUUACAGAUCUCACACAGUAAAUGAUACCCAGUGCUUUAGUAAGCCUUAAAGACAGUCAUAGUAGAUUGAAGCAGAAUAAAAACUGAAAAAACUGACAACCACAGUACCUGUGGCUUAUAUGACUAGUGUUGAAUGUAUCUGACAUAUUUAAAUAUUAAAAAAUGGUUUUGGCCUCUGCUUGUAGCUGACCAUGGUCACAUUGAAAUCAAGUGAUAUGUAAAAAUGUUUAAAGGCUAAAACUGUUUUGAAAUAAAUGUAAAAAAUGACUACGUA